UUUACUUUCACUUUAUGACUUUGUGGAGCUGCAGAUGAUUGUCUCCGUGUAGAGGUUUCUAUGCUUCAGCUGACUCUGUGAUGGCGCUGUGUGAGAACACAGAGGAGCUUCCUUCUUCCUCUAAAGCCACUCUGUGUGGAGACGAGACCAUCACCAAAACUCAGAGCCCAGAGAAGCAGCACAGACCCCACACUGCCCACCGUGAACCUGAACCCGUACCCAGCUGUGUGUCCAUGAGGAGCAGCAGGUCAAAUGAGCGAUAUAUUUUUUUCAAACAAGGAGCACAGGAAACAAAGUUACAACAGAUACCAGCGUCUACUGAACCUGAACCUCAGCUUCAGCCCAGCUUUUCACCCACAUUGUGCGAUGAAUCUGUUCUUCAUAACUCCAGCGAUGAACUCGACUCUGUUAACAAGACGUAAAUACUUCAGGGUGAUGAUGAAAACUGAAUGCUAUAGCAUUCAUCUUAGUGAAACGUGGAAGUUUCCAGUAUAACCAGUCAGAGAACCUAAAGAGGACCAAUAGGAGGUUGUAGAUUACUUGCUCCAGAGAACUUCAGAAGUGUACAGUGAAGGAGGGGGAGUUAGUGCAACCUGUUAGGACUAGACCCAAACCUGCAGAGUAAGUUGUUAACUUUCGGAGGGUUCAGCAUCACUCACAGCUCACAGUCACUCACGUUCACUGUUUGAAGCCAAAUGUUACUAGAUGGACCUCUGCCUUGUGGGAGCUAAUUUUUCACAUUUCUUCCAGAUUUGAUGAGGAGAGUUCAAAGGUUCCAAGUGAUCAGUCUGCCCAGCAGCAUCAAUCAUGUCUGGACUCAAUCUUUAUGCUGUUGGAGGACAACAUUAUCACUUUUGUGAAAAAUGAGCUGAAGAAGAUCCAGAAGAUUUUGUGUCCUGAUAACUUAGAGAGUCAGAUGGAGGAAGAGACACUGCUGGGGGGUGAGGGUGAAGAACACAGGAACAGAGAGGCAUUGGUGAAGCUCACCCUGCAUUUCCUAAGGAAAAUGAAACAGAACGAGUUGGCCGACCGUCUGCAAAACAAACUUUUUGCUCCACAAUGUCAACGUAAACUUAAAAGUAAUCUGAAAAAGAAGUUCCAGCCACCCACAUCAAGAAAUCGCGAAGCCUACAUAUCAUGUGCCACAUCCCAGUCUUCUGCUGGAUCACUGCUACAGUUCUGGAGGAUAUGUUGAAGCCUAGAGAGGGAGCAGAGUUGCCCAAGACUCUGACUGAGAUGUACAUCCAUUUCCUGGUGGUUCAAUCCAAAGUGAAGAAAGUCAAGUAUGAUCGUGGUGUUGAGACUGAUUCACACUGGAAUUCAGAAAGCAGGAAGAUGAUUAAAUCACUGGGAAAACUGGCUUUUGACCAGCUAGAGAAAGGAAACCUGAUCUUUUAUGAAUCAGACCUGACAGAGUGCGGCAUCGAUAUCAGAGCAGCCUCAGUGUACUCAGGAGUGUUCACACAGAUCUUUAAAGAGGAGGGCAGACUGUACCAGGACACGGUGUUCUGCUUCAUCCAUCUGAGCGUUCAGGAGUUUCUGGCUGCUCUUCAUGUCCAUCUGACCUUCAUCAACUCUGGAGUCAGCGUGCUACCAGUGGAACAAACAGCAUCUCAGACAUCUGAAACACCUAAAAAUAAGAUCGUAAAGACAGACUUCUACCAACUUGCUGUGGACAAAGCUUUACAGAGUCCAAAUGGACAUCUGGACUUGUUCCUCCGCUUCCUCCUGGGUCUUUCAUUGCAGACAAAUCAGGAUCUUUUAAAAGGCCUGCAGACAAAAACAGAAAGCAGUUCAGAAACCAACCAGGAAACAGUCCAGUACAUUAAGAUGAAGAUAAGUGAGAGUCUGUCUGCAGAGAAAAGCAUCAAUCUGUUCCACUGUCUGAAUGAAAUGAAUGAUCGUUCCCUAGUGGAGGAGAUUCAACAGUCCCUGAGUUCAAGAAGCCUCUCUGUGGAUAAACUGUCUCCUGUCCAGUGGUCAGCUCUGGCUUUCAUCUUACUGUCAGCAGAAAAGGAUCUGGAUGAGUUUGACCUGAAGAAAUAUUCUGCUUCAGAGGAGGCUCUUCUGAGGCUGUUGCCUGUGGUCAAAGCCUCAAAUAAAGCUCUACUGAGUGGAUGUAAUCUCUCAAAGCCAGGCUGUGAAGCUCUGACUUCAGUUCUCAGAAACCAGUCCUCUAGUCUGAUUGAGCUGGACCUGAGUAACAACGAUCUGCAGGAUUCAGGGUUAACAGAGCUGUCUGUUGGACUGGGGACACCACACUGUAAACUGGAAAUUCUAAGAUUUCUGUGAACUCAUAGUCGACACAAACACUAUAAACAAAAACCUCAAACUGUCUGCCAACAACCGGAAGGUGAUACAUGUGAGAAACGAU